AGCACCUGCACGCCCCACCUGCUGCACCUACACUCUGCGCAGCAUGGCUCAGCCCCUCAUGCGCCUCGCGCGCCCCCGUCUCGCCAGUGCGCUCCCCGCCGUGCGCCCGGCAAUCUCGGCCUCCACGCCGCGCGCCUUCUCGGCCGCUGCGCCGCUGCGCGCCGACGACGAGCCAAAGGCCAAGCAGGGCCUGCUCAAGUCUCUGAUGCACGGCUCGCCGCACGCGCGCGCCGAGUCGCCGACCGUGUCGCAGUCGCACUCCAAGACCGUCGGGCGCGGCAAGUACAUCCACGAGAUCCAGCGCCUCGUCGUGCGCCCCGACGCCGUCGAUGAGCUGCGUGCCGUGCUGGCCGAGUUCUACCCGCGCCUGCACAAGAGCGACGGCGGCGACGGCGGACGUCUCGUCGGCAGCUGGGAGGUUGUCGUGGGCGACCAGGAGACGUUCUACACGGUGUGGGAAUAUGAUGGAUACGCAGGCUACGACGAGGUGCAGGCCUCUCUCGCCAAGUCCGAGACAUAUGCAGCGCUCCAGAAGAAGCUGCGUCCGCUGCUGUCCUCGCGAUCGAACUGGCUCGCACAGGAGUUCGGCUUCUGGGCCACCAGCCCGCCGAACACCAACAUGGGCGGUGUCGUGGAGUGGCGCACAUACCACCUGAAGCCUGGAAUGCUGCUGGAGUGGGAGACGAACUGGCGCCGCGGACUCGAGGCACGGCGCAAGUACGUGCAGCCAGUCGCUGCGUACUUUACGCAGAUCGGCGGCUUGCACACGGUGCACCAUCUCUGGCACUACCCGAACCUGGACGAGCGCAAGAAGACGCGCGAUGCCGCCUGGCAGGUCGAGACUUGGAACGACACCGUCUCGCAGACGGUCAAGCUCAUCGACAAGAUGCACGCGCAAAUCAUGAAGCCGCUGCCGUUCAGCCCGCUGCGAUGAUGCGCCC